AUGCUCGAAGGCCUUUUCUUCAUCCUUGUUCUUAAAUUGACCGUCUUCGAUGAGCCCAUUGAAAGCCGCUUGAAGGACCGGAUUGAUUUAAACGCUUUUGUUUUGCGCGAGUUCCUCCGUUGGAACACCUCGAAGUCAAAGGUCGAUGGCAUGAUAGCAUCAUGA